AUGAAAUCAAGCGAUGGUGAAGAAUUAUGGCAUGUGGAAGAGGUUACUGAUCCUGCGGUAAUAAACGCGUAUAUUAGACAUCGACAGAUGAUAGAAGAGCAGGCAACAAGUGCGGAAUUUCUCGAACCAACGGACGACGAAGAAAAGAAUAAACGUCUAAGAAAGAGAAUACAAGAUCAAUUGGCAAAACUUAAAAGGAAUCUAGAGCGUCGCAUGCAACGGGCAGCUGCGCGUCAAACAGUUUCUGGAGAAACAAGCGCUGUGCCACAGAAGGAAAAGAAGACCGAACAAGUUGUAAGAACUUUCUUUUCAUAUACAACGGUAUUUGAAGUUUUGGUAACGGCAUGA